CAUUGACUUUCAACAAGAUUUAAUUACAAUUACUUUAAAAUUUAGCCACAAAAAAGAUUGAACUGGAAAAUAAAUUCGAUUAAAGUUCAUUUGGGUUCAUCUGUCGAUUAAUCGAGUGCUAAUACGGAUCUCUUCAUUUCUUUCUCAUUCCUGAAAGCUUUGCUCGUAUGUUUGCCUGAUCUAACCAGAAAAAAAUCUGGUUUCUGGUGUUCACCAUUUGAUGGAUAAGCUCUAUCCAUUGGUUAUGGUCAAGUUAAUGAUGAACUCAUAGAUUAACAGGAAUAUAUUAAAAAUCCAAUCAGGACAGCAAUUAACAUUAACCGUCAGAAGAUAAUGAAUAUAAUUUUUGAGGUUAAGAGCUGCUUAUAUUUUGAUUUUGUUUUUAACUCUUUUUUACCAUUCAAUCUGGCUAAAGGUUGAUUAACCUUUUUUAAAUUUCCAUAAGGUUAAGGUAAAGUGUUGUAGAUGAAAAUUAUUACAAUAGCUAAUUAACUGAACAUAAAAAGACUUGAUCUUGGUAGACGUUAUAACGGUGUUGUGUUUUCCUCCAGAAAAAUUGUCAUUAGCAAAAGGGAAACAAUUUAUUUUCCAAAGAUUCUGUCUUUAUUCAAAUCUAUUUCAGGUGAAAUCUCUGGUUUUUUAUGGUUUUGGAAGAUUUGGUCUCAGAAUAGAAAUGAUUUUUCACAUUUAGACUGGUUAAAUUGAUAGAUAAACAGUUAUGAGGAAAAAAGUUAUGUAAAUCAGUUUGAAAUGUGAGAUAUUUAAGGUGAAAUGAAGCAGCAAACAAGAAUCUUAGUUCAGAGAUGAAUAACGAUCCACAGCUUUAUGAUAAAUCCAAUGGAUUGCAGAAGAAAGAUUCUGAAUAUCUCUUGAAGAGACUGGAAAAGGAUUUUAAAAAUGUUUCUCCAAAGGUAAUUGUGGACAUUGGAUGUGGAACUGGAAAUAUAACGCAAAUGAUUUACUCCAGUUUUCCCGAUUCACGAAUCAUUGGUUUCGAUUGCAGUGAAAAGAUGAUUGAAUUUGCUCGGGAAAAAUAUUCAACCUCCAACCUCAACUUCAAUUGUGGAAACAUUUGUGCCGAGUGGGAAGAACUGUCAGUAAACUUGGACAUAGAAGCGGAAUCGGUUGACGUAGUUACGUCUACUUUUUGCCUGCAUUGGGUUACGAAUACUGCUAAAGCCAUGGAAAACAUCAAUAAAAUGCUGAAGCCAGGAGGAAAAUGUUAUUUAUUAAUGUUUUCUUGGAGCUCCAUUUUGCCCCUUCAAGAACAGAUAACAUAUCAAGAACCUUGGUAUGAAUUGUUUCGAAAGCUUGAGGUUCCUAAGCAUAAUGAGAAACCCAAAUAUGCUACAAACUAUCAGUCAGAUAAGUCUAUUGAAUCUGAGCUUACUCGGCAAGCCUCAACCUCUCAAUUAGCUGAUUCCCAACAUUUGCUUGAUUUGGCUAAGCCCAAGUCUAAAUCUUUAACAAUUCGUAGGAGAUCAUCGGCUCCGUUCCCUGUUUAUGAGAUUCCUCCUGAAAAAGAAAGAAUUGAUCACUGGAUUAAAUUGUGUGAAACUGCCAAUUUGAAGCCUAUUGAAGUGGCAAUACAUGAUUCGACUUUCACUUAUGAAGAUAUUGAAGGAUUCAAAGGUGAAUUAGUAUCUUUGUGUCACUUUCUGGCUCAUGUUCCGAAAGAUUUACACUCUCAAUUUCUUAACGACUAUUUUGAACACAUGAAUAGGUGUUUCAUUGCACAUCAGAAUACUUUGCCAAAGAUCAACGUAGAUUACCAAUUUUUAACUGCCAUAGCUGAAAAACCUGCGACCACUGACACCAAGAAUAAGAUUAACAAAGAUGAAAACCAAAAUGAAUAUGAGACUGAAAUCUAAUUGGCAAUUAUUCGCUCUAAAUUAGCAUUCCAAUAUAUUCGUAUGUCUAUAUGAUCUAACAAUAAGUAAGCUAACUUGUAAGCUAUUCAGUAAAAUUGAAUGACUAACUAUUAAUAAAUAUCUAUUAA